AUGGUUGCAGGCAUCGGAAAUGACACAACCAAUAUAAAAGUUCAAAAAGGUGCAACUGUUGUUUUCAAAUGUUCCCGUUCUGGCUGUGGUGUGACCUGGUUAGGGCCAGAUAUCAACAACACAAUACAAAACUAUGUAGUUUACUUUUCAAAUAAUAAGAAGAAUCCUAAAUUGAACCAAGCAAAAUAUUCAUUUAAAGAAAAUAAAGGAGGAUAUGAACUGGUCAUCAAGAAUUUUCAGAAAGGAAACAUUGGUUUUUAUAUCUGCAGACUUAAUAAUGAUGGACAUUUUUAUGAGACUAAGUAUAACGUAUCAAUAGAAGACAAAGAAAAUGAAACCACAGAAAGUUAUACAGCUCAAAGUUUUGGGAACAUGUCGAGUUUUCCAAUGAUUGUGAAGACAACCAAUUUUCAAUUUCCAAUCAAUCAACAAGGAAACAAGGAACAGAAUUUAGUGAUUUUGCUUGUAAUGAUUCCUGUUGUUCUACUUGGAGGUUCUAUCACAAUUGUUGGAGUUCUAAAAAGAGUAAAAGGGACAUCUAUUGAACAACAUAAUACUGUAGAAAAUCAGAUGUACCAGAAUUCGAAUGUCCCACCAAAUGGACGUUCAUCCGAAACGGAAAUACCAUUUCCUGACAGAACAAAUCCUGAUGCAGAUCUUGGUGUUUCUGUGGACAUUGGUGCUACCAGCAAUUACAGAAAUACAGACGAGUCAACUGCUGUUAAAUUUUUUGAAUGUACAUCAGGUCUACAUUAUGCAGAGGUUUUAAUCAAGCCAGUUGAGUCACAGCAAAUUAAAAUUCAUGGAAUAGAAAACAGGACAAUUUACACCGGAAUAGAUCAUUCACUGAAAAGAGGGACUGGACAGUCAAACCAUAGCGAGAAUGAAAGUGAAGAUGAUUUUAUCGUUAUUCAAAACCUUGAUGACAACAGUCAAAAUUACGAAAAUACUUGCCUGUAA